AUGACAUGGACAUCACCUACAGACGCUGUGCCAUGGGUGGGAUUGUAUAUUUGUGCAGCCUCUCUGGUUUGCACUCUAGCAAUGGCAGCCGAUGUCUACCGAGGCUUUCGACAACGGAAGCUCUGGUUUCCAUGCAGAUUUUUUACCAUCAACUCUGUUUCCAUUACACUUAUAGCAAUAUCAACGAAGCUGCCCGUAGAUCUAAGCAGUGCCUUGAAAGGACAUGAGAUAGAAGCAAAGUUUGUGAGUAUCACUUUCCUUGUCAUCAUGUUAGCCAACUUUCUCCCAUCUUUAGGUCUUAUGAAUGACAAGGAACUUCUGCUGAAUACUGUGGCCUUAUGUAUCCUCAUGCUCACCAUUACUGUAAAUAUGUUGAUCCAAGUUAUUAGUGCUUCAGCGAGUUUGUCAAUCGCCACAAUAAUCCUUUUAUUUAUACUACCAAUUCCAUGGCCAAUUUCAGUAGCCUUGACGGUUUCAGCAUCUAGAAGAGUAUUACAACAACGAUACAAAGAGUUACACAUUUUGGCUUCUAAUCAUCAAGAUAUAAACUUCUCCAGCAAGCGACUCAUAUGUUAUGUUAAAAAAGUAUUGGAUGAUGGCAGAGACUGGUUUACAGAAGAACCAAAUGCAUCUGAUUGCAACGCGAUAUCAGAAAUGGAAGAAUAUAGUGGUUAUGUCCUACAGAUUGAUCCGGAUGCGAAGCUUUCAAUGAGAAUAUUACGAAAUGCGCUCAACUCUAUAACUCGACUUCUUCGCGAGUCUGAAAAGAAAGAGUCAAGGAAUCUUAUGAAGCUUCUCGAGAAAUCUACAGGAUUCAACGGAGUAGUAGAGUUCGACAAUGAACAGGUCCCACCUUUACAUCUGGAAGAAACCCAGAAUUGCUGGAGCCUAGUAGCAGUGACACUAACUGCCAUUGCCCUUGCACUUCCCAAAAUUGCAACCUGCCAUGUCAAGGGGUUACUUUCAAGUAUGAGGGAAGGUCUCCAAUUUGUAAGACAUAUGGAAGAAAGCCUCAAUGCAAAUGGUGAGUUGGUAAAGGCAAGAAAAGCAGCAAGACGUGUGUGGACAGACGUUGAAGUAUACUGCAAGUGGCUACAAAUUGAUCUUCAAAAGAAUGCUAGAAAUGGAAAAACAUCAAAGGAGAUUCUUCAAUGGUUGGGUGAUGAAGCUGCAAAAAUUGUGAUACAGUUUAAUAUAAGGAAAAAUGUAAGUCUGGAUCACUCACUUCGUAAGUUCAUUGCUGCGAGUUCCAUGUAUAGGAUCAGCCAAACCAUACUGCUUCACUGCAAUGAGCAAGAAAAUUGGCCAACAGAUGAGGCACUGUUUGAGUUUAUAUCAACCAUAAUCGCAGAUCUGCUAUGUGCUUGCUUUACCAGCUUACCACGUGUCAUAACUACGAACUGCCAUGAAGAUGCAAUAGAGAAAAGGGAAGAGAGUAUUCGAAUUGCAGCUCAGCUUCUUGGUAGAUCCAAAAAGAUCUUGAAAUUGCUUAAAAAACGCCAACUUCCCAACAUAGACAUGGAGUCAAUGGGGUACAUUGAUAAGUGGCAUGCAUUAUCUAAGAGUCAGAUACCCAAUGGUAAUUCAGCAAGGAUUCAACCAGCUUCUUCAAGUUCUAAUGCAUCUUUCGUAGUAACUAUCAUAUAA